AUGGGCGCCUAUCUCUAUGGGCGCCUAUCUCUAUGGGUGCCUAUCUCUUUGGGCGCCUAUCUCUAUGGGCGCCUAUCUCUAGGGGUGCCUAUCUCUAGGGGCGCCUAUCUCUAUGGGCGCCUAUCUCUAUGGGCGCCUAUCUCUACGGGCGCCUAUCUCUAUGGGCGCCUAUCUCUAGGGGCACCUAUCUCUAGUGGCGCCUAUCUCUAUGGGCGCCUAUCUCUAGGGGCGCCUAUCUCUAUGGGCGCCUAUCUCUAUGGGCGCCUAUCUCUAUGGGUGCCUAUCUCUUUGGGCGCCUAUCUCUAUGGGCGCCUAUCUCUAGGGGGGCGCCUAUCUCUAUGGGCGCCUAUCUCUAUGGGCGCCUAUCUCUAUGGGCGCCUAUAUCUAUGGGUGCCUAUCUCUUUGGGCGCCUAUCUCUAUGGGCGCCUAUCUCUAGGGGUGCCUAUCCCUAUGGGCGCCUAUCUCUAUGGGCGCCUAUCUCUAUGGGGGCGCCUAUCUCUAUGUGCGCCUAUCUCUAUGGGCGCCUAUCUCUAUGGGCGCCUAUCCCUAUGGGUGCCUAUCUCUUUGGGCGCCUAUCUCUAUGGGCGCCUAUCUCUAUGGGCGCCUAUCCCUAUGGGUGCCUAUCUCUUUGGGCGCCUAUCUCUAAGGGCGCCUAUCUCUAGGGGCGCCUAUCUCUAUGGGCGCCUAUCUCUAUGGGCGCCUAUCUCUAUCGGCGCCUAUCUCUAUAGGCGCCUAUCUCUAGGGGCGCUUAUCUCUAUGUGCGCCUAUCUCUAUGGGCGCCUCUCUUUAGGGGCGCCAAUCUCUAGAGGCGCCUAUCUCUUUGGGCGCCAAUCUCUAUGGGCGCCUAUCUCUAUCGGCGCCUAUCUCUAUAGGCGCCUAUCUCUAGGGGCGCUUAUCUCUAUGUGCGCCUAUCUCUAUGGGCGCCUCUCUUUAGGGGCGCCAAUCUCUAGAGGCGCCUAUCUCUUUGGGCGCCAAUCUCUAUGGGCGCCUAUCUCUAUGGGCGCCUAUCUCUAUGGGCGCCUAUCUCUAGGGGCGCCUAUCUCUAUGGGCGCCUAUCUCUAUGGGCGCCUAUCUCUAUGGGCGCCUAUCUCUACGGGCGCCUAUCUCUAUGGGCGCCUAUCUCUAGGGGCGCCUAUCUCUAGUGGCGCCUAUCUCUAUGGGCGCCUAUCUCUAGGGGCGCCUAUCUCUAUGGGCGGGCGCCUAUCUCUAGGGGCGCCUAUCUCUAUGGGCGCCUAUCUCUAUGGGCGCAUAUCUCUAUGGGCGCCUAUCUCUACGGGCGCCUAUCUCUAUGGGCGCCUAUCUCUAGGGGCGCCUAUCUCUUGUGGCGCCUAUCUCUAUGGGCGCCUAUCUCUAGGGGCGCCUAUCUCUAUGGGCGCCUAUCUCUAUGGGCGCCUAUCUCUAUGGGCGCCUAUCUCUAUGGGUGCCUAUCUCUUUGGGCGCCUAUCUCUAUGGGCGCCUAUCUCUAGGGGCGCCUAUCUCUAG